CAUGCGGGGUGGAGCUUAUUUCACAGUCAGAGAGUACAAAUCUGGGAACACUGAAUUUAUCACUUCCCUCAGGGUAUUUCCCCCCCCCCCAUCCAAAAGGAUUUGGGGCUUUUCUCAGGCGAAACAGGAGUGUUACCAUGGCUGAAGGACAGACGGACCUGGAAGCCAGAAUCAUCCAGGACAUACACAGUAAAGAGAUUGACUUGGUGAACCGGGACCCAAAGCAUAUUAAUGAAGAUGUGGUUAAGGUGGACUUUGAAGAUGUGAUCGCAGAGCCUGAAGGCACCUACAGCUUUGACGGCGUCUGGAAGGUCAGCUACACUACCUUCACGGUCAGCAAGUAUUGGUGCUACCGCCUGAUCUCCACCCUGCUGGGCGUCCCACUGGCCCUCGUCUGGGGCUUCAUCUUUGCCUGCAUCUCCUUCUGCCACAUCUGGGCAGUGGUGCCCUGCAUCAAGAGCUGCCUGAUUGAGAUGCAAUGCAUCAGCCGCAUCUACUCCCUCUGUGUCCACACCUUCUGCAAUCCCUUGUUUGCUGCCCUUGGCCAAGUCUUCAGCAGCAUCAAAGUGGCCUUGAGAAAGGAGGCCUAGAUUGGCUUGGGGGAGGAGGGGAAAGAUGAAACCUAGACUUGUUGCUCUUUCUGAGACAAGAAUGUGUAGAGAAAGGGGAAAUGAUAUAAUGACAUUUGAGCACACUGGUCCUCAUUCUGUCCCUGUCCCCCACCGUGGGAUCCACAGCCAAGAUGAUGUCCAUUUGCUCAGAGGGCAGCUACUGUAUGAGUCUCAGCACUCAUUUGUACUGUAAUCUUAAGUCUUCACUGUAAUGGCAUGAAACCAGCCUCUUCCCACCUGGGAUCACUGUUUCCUAAAACCCUGCAAACCCCUGCAUUUUAGUGGCAACAUGCAAUUAUGACUGGCAGAUUGGAAUCCAAUAAAGGGUUUUGGCUGCAGG